AUGGCGCACCCGAGUGGCGCCUGCACAUCUCGCGGCGGCGGCGGCGGCUUCGUCCUCACAGCGGCCGACGAGAUCCAGUUACGGCAUGUCCUCCCCCUCGCGGAGGCGCACGGCGACGCAGACCCAGAUCCAGUGACGGCUUUGACUGCAACCACCUCACCACCCGCCUGCGCUAGAAGGAGGGCCACGCCGACGUCGUUGAGCUGCGGACGCUGCACGCCGGCGCCGGCAACUACGGAUCCGGCGGCUCCGGCGGGCCUCUCGUGCGACGUCGCCGCGUACGGGAACGGAAGGAGGGAGCAAGUCUGUCGUUCGAGUACAGCUAUAGAGCUACCAACCGCCGCCACUGUACGCCGCACGACCAACCCCAACGACUGCAGAAGCGGCGGCGUGGAUCCGGACCGAACGGUUGAAGGGGGGAACGAAAAAGCAAGAGAAGGCACCGGCGUCUGCGCGCGUGGGUGGGGUGGAGCGGUGGAGUGGGGAGAUCGGGGGUGGGAGAUCCAAAGAAUAUCGGCCGUCGGAUGUGGUUGA